AUGGAGACGCGCGCGAUCCGCGAGACGCAGCUGGAGACGUACACGAGCAACCUGGGGUCGGUGGCGCUGGCGCUGGCGGCGCUGCUGUGGCUGACGCUGCCGCCGCUGUGGAGCGUCGUCAACGGCGAGUGGAGCGCCGCCAUCCUGCCGAGUCUCUUGGCCAUUGCAGGCCACGGACUGUUCGUGCUCUCGGUGCUGCUGGUGCUCCGAGUGGCGCAAGUGCAGGGGGAGGAGCUGCUCAUCCAGUUCAAUGCCAAGUACUUGGUUCGAGUGAGCAAGCCCGAAGCUGCCCCGGUGCCGCUGGAUCGUGCUGCUCAGUUGGACGAGGUGAUGAAGCUCAACUCGCUUCGUGGACGGUUGUCGGGCAAAAAGGACUCGUCGGCUGGGAAGACGCAGAUGCAGGAGGAGCGCUCGUUCUUCGACCCUGCCCCUGUGAAGACCGUGGAGGAUGGCAAGGCGUACCUCCGUCGUCUGCAGAAGGCGCAGAAGCAGAAGGAGGCGGAGGAGUCGAUGCAAUCGGCGUCGGCGUACGGCAUGGAGAACUCGUACCAAAGUGAUGCCUUCGGAAUUUACGGUAACGCGUCCAUGGUUCCACGCGUGUACCAGGCGUCGGGCUUCGACCCUCACCUUCGCGAUGUCAGCAUUGGGGAUGAGGAAGAGGACCCUCUGCGCACGUCGUCGCUUCCCCACAUCGCAUGGCAGCAGUUGGAGGAGUGGGGGCUGGCCAUGUUCAUGCACCUGUACUGCCGCAACAUUCGCCGCCUGCUUGCGUAUCACGUGAAGGAUGUGGUUGAGGCUUUCCUGGAGAAUGCCAACGCUCUGAACGAGUGCGGUGUUAUGGCGGACGUGCUGCUGCGUCGCGUUCCUUCACAGGCGUUGCUGUGCCCACCGGGACAAACCAACCAGAUGACCAACGUGUCGCUGUCAGAUAUGCUGCACAACCUCGCGAAGAGCCCCCUGUUUUUCAGCAAGGAGCGAGGCGUGUAUCUCUUCGAGGAGCACCAAAGUUUUGAAAAAUAUCUGAACGUUGGUGACCCGAGCAGCACUGACUACUCGUCACUCGAACGGCAGCAGUAUGUCUUGGAACGUCUCAUCAUGCUGUCGAAGGACCGAAGUCUUGACAGGUUCAGGUGGAACAAGGGCUCAGCGUGGAAGGGAAAAGAGUGGACGGAAAGCCUUCCCACGGACGCCGAAAUCCUGAUGAACACUUUCUGCUGCAUGAUGGAUAACAUGCUGCCUGCGGACAACGAACGUGACCGGCCAUUCUGGAAGUCCUACUACUUCAGCAAGGGACCAAACCGGCCUUUCACUCCGCGAGUGCGCAGUCGCCUCUUCCUCGUUCAAACAGUCGGGCGUCCUCCUCAUUUCAAGGCGCUGGUGAAGGGUGCGGUUCGCGAAAUCGUCCCGGGCGAGGAGAACUGCUUCCACGCUAUCGUCGUGUACCUUCACGCGGUGAAGAAGAUGAAGGCGGGCUACUUGGAGAGCAUCAAUCUGCAUCGGAUCAUUGAGCAAGUCUUCGACGUUUCCAAGUAA